ACUUGUACGAAAGCUUCGGUAACUAACCAAUAGAUAGAGUAAUUUAUAUAUUAAUAUAUAUUUUACUUAUUUAUAUGUGCAUAUGUCAAAAUCGAUCACUCUAAUAAAAAAAUGCAACGUCUUAAAUUUUAAAUAAUUAAUUGAUUGAUUAUUAAUAACUAGACCAUUAUUAAAAAAAUAUUAUGUAUAAAAAAUUUCUUUGUGUAAGCAAAAGUAACUACUGUGGGUUGGUGAGCGUGAAAAUGAAAUUGACAUUUGUCAAAAUUCAGACAAAUGUUUUAUAUGUCAUCCAUUUUUUGUAAUUUUAAAAGCAACAUAUUGAUAAAAUAAACAGUAAAUUCUUUACCGCUUGAUCUUAUUCGGUAUAAUAAAAUCAAGUAGGAAUAAGAUGUCGAGGGGACUGCAACUAGUUAAUCUGUGUAAAGGCAACUUUGGACAGAUUCGUCAUUUUCAUUUAGCUCCCGUUGUAAAUGCAGCCGCAGCCGAAACAAAACGUUCCGAAAAGCCAGCAAGGCCUAAAACUUUUGCUAUUUACAGAUGGAACCCCGACAAACCCGACGAAAAACCACAUAUGCAAGAAUAUACAGUUGAUUUAAACAGUUGUGGCCCCAUGGUUUUGGAUGCGCUUAUUAAAAUUAAAAAUGAAAUUGAUCCUACAUUAACUUUCAGACGUUCAUGUCGUGAAGGUAUAUGCGGAUCGUGCGCUAUGAAUAUUGGGGGAGUGAAUACUUUGGCAUGUAUAAGCAAAAUUGAUACUUCAGGAAAGACAAAAAUCUAUCCAUUACCGCACAUGUAUGUAGUAAAAGAUUUGAUCCCUGAUAUGAAUAAUUUUUACAAGCAAUACAAAUCUAUUGAGCCUUGGUUACAGAGAAGUGAUCUUGAUUCCAAUAAAAGUACUGAAUAUCUGCAGAGUGUGGGUGAUAGACAAAAAUUAGAUGGUUUAUAUGAAUGUAUUUUAUGUGCUUGUUGCUCUACUUCUUGUCCAAGCUACUGGUGGAAUGGUGAUAAAUAUUUGGGACCUGCUGUACUCAUGCAGGCCUAUCGUUGGAUAAUUGAUUCUAGAGAUGAAGCAACUAAAAAAAGAUUGGAUAAAAUGAGGGAUCCGUUUUCCGCCUACAGAUGUCACACUAUCAUGAACUGCACAAGAACUUGUCCAAAAGGUUUGAAUCCAGGCAGAGCGAUUGCCGAGAUCAAGAAACUUUUAGGGGGCGUUGCUAAAAAAGAAGAACCACAACUCAAAGCUGUAGCUUAAUUUUUCAGAAUAUCACCGAUUAUAAGACAAAUUUUCAAAAUAAUAGUUGUAUGUACUGUACUUAGCCGCAAGCGAUAAAUUUUUUUGCAAUAUUGUAAAAAUUCAAUCCAAGAGUAUAUUAAGAUAAAAUAAAUAUUUAUGUCUUGAUUAACAUGUUAAUUAAAAUUGAUUAAAGUUUCAAA